CGCUUCCUGUAGCCCUGCGCUUUAACAAGGUCACAUGACCAAAUAGUAUGCAGGAAGCGAUCGCGAGAAGUCUGGACAUCUUUAGUUAGAUGUAUGUUUAUUUCUGUCGCAAUUGCAACGUUACUAAACGCCGAAUAUGAGCGGAGGCCUGGCUCCAAGCAAAAGCACAGCAUAUGUUUCCAACCUACCCUUCUCUUUGACCAACAAUGAUCUACACAGGAUUUUCUCGAAAUACGGAAAAGUAGUAAAAGUGACUGUUUUGCGGGACAAAGAUUCUCGGAAAAGCAAAGGGGUCGCGUUCGUUUUAUUUCUGGAUAAGGAGUCGGCGCAGCACUGCGUUAGAGCUCUAAAUAACAAAGAACUAUUUGGCAGAGUAAUAAAAGCGAGUAUUGCCAUAGACAAUGGCAGAGCAGCUGAGUUUAUCCGGAGGCGUAAUUACACAGACAAGUCCAGAUGUUACGAAUGUGGGGAUACGGGUCAUUUGAGUUAUGCUUGUCCUAAAAAUAUGCUGGGAGAACGAGAACCACCUCAGAAAAAAGAAAAAAAGAGAAGGAAGAAAAACGCUCAACCAGAGGAAGAAAUCAUUGAGGAGGGAGAAAGUGAAGAUGAAGGAGAAGACCCAACUCUUGACAGCCUCAGUCAAGCAAUAGCUUUUCAGCAAGCAAGAAUUGAAGAAGAGAAGAAUAAAUUCAAACAGAGUGCAGCUCAAGCUUCUUCGUCAGAAGAUUCAAGGAGACCUAGAAUAAAAAAGAGUGCAUAUUUCAGUGAUGAAGACGAGCUUAGUGACUGAGUAUAUAGCAUUAUCAAAUUCAUGGAGGCUUGUGUUGGACAGUUCAGUAACUAGUUACGGGGUUCUAUAAAAGAAAAGCCUUUCAAUGCUGGUUUCCAGAGGCUGUUGGACAUUGUAAACCUUAUUAGUAAUCGUUUAGAAAGUUAGGUUGUGUACAUAAUGCGUUAAAUAUUUGUUAUAUACAACUUUUUAUAAAAUGAGACUUGCCCUAGCUAUGUUUAAUAUUUGUAAUUAUAAAGUCUUUGUGACUUGAUUCAGUCAGUCACUAUUCAUUUGGUGAUAGGUGAGCUUGGGUGAUUACCAUGUAUAUAUUGGUCCAUUAAUGGGCAGCAAUGCAUAUUCCUGCAUCUUCCAUUUUAUUCUUUACAUUUUAUAAAGUCGUUAAGGCU